AUGGCCCCCUCAAAACAAAAAGGGGCAAAGCUGUCCACAGACCCCCUCAAGCAGGUCUCCAAAUACGAAUCAGCCCUCACCGCCGACACCUUCGACCCCAACCCCCUCCUGCCCCUUAUCGCGCUCGCCAGGCAUGACGACCCCCAGAUCGUGCACAAGGCUGUAUGGGCUUUGCACCGCGUUUUUAUCAAGCUCAUUGCGGAUGGCAAGGUCGGAGGGCUGAGUGGGGAUCUUGUUAAUGGUGCGGAGAGGGAGCAGGUGGUGGGGGAGGAGGGUGAGAAGGCGGUCAAGGCGUGGGUGAGGGAGAGGUUGUUGGAGUAUGUGCAAGUGUUGGCGGGGCUUAUGAGGGAUGAAGAGUCUGCUCUCAGGGCGUCUUCUGUCCCACUCUUAUUCUCCCUCCUCCCAUCUCUCUCCGCAUCCAUAUCCUCCAAACCCAUCAUCCACAUCCCCUACUUCCGCCUCAUCCUCAACUACCUCAUCUUCCCCCGCCCCUCCCUCCGAGGCGCCAAGCCCAAAACCAAAUCCGUCGGGUGGAAAAUCGUCGCUGCCAACCAAGUUGCGGACGCGGACGGCGUCUUGCCGGAGGACGUCGCGAAAGUGGUGGUGGACGACUUUUGGGCGCCGCACGAUGAUAUCCGAUGGGCCUUCUUCAAAGAAGCUUCUAGUUUGAUCCAGGGCCAUACCUCUGUGAUUGCGCAUCCCGAGAAUGUGCUUUUGCAAGUACUUCCCCUCAACAAUCUUCCGCGGGAAGCGUCCGACAUUAACGCCUUUUACGUCUCUGCCUUUUCCACGCCGCCGGCCAAGGGGGAAGGAGAGGCGAGGCCUGUGAAAAAGUCGCGGUCGGUGAAGGCGAAAAAGGGUAAAGCCAAAGCCGAGGUCGACGCUUUGCCAGACUGGAUGAAAGACUAUGAAUCGUCUGAUUCAGAGUCUGACUCGGAGCUCCAAGCCGGGUCCAAGAAACGUACCCGCACCUCCCAGCUUUCCCUACACGCCUCCAUCUAUUCCAUCGUCUCUCAAACUACCCAAUUCACCGCGCUUUGGGAGAGUGUGCUCUUCAAUCUGAGGCUGGAUGAAGGAUGGACGCGCAAGAUUUUGGUGGCGCUGCACGGAGAACAGGGGAUCUUGAGUUUCUGGAAGAAGGAGAGGAGACUGAGGGUGGCGGAUUGGUUGGGCAGCUUGGUGGAUCAAGGCGGGGUGGUGGGGAUGUUGGCGAUGAAUGGGUUGUUUGUGUUGAUGACAGAGUACAACUUCGAGUACCCGAGAUUCUACGAGCGGCUGUAUGGGCUGCUGGACAAGGAUGUGAUGCACGUCAAGUAUAGGGCGCGAUUCUUCCGUCUCCUCGACAUCUUCCUCAAAGGAUCUUUGAUCCCCGCAGCCUUGAUAGCCUCCUUCAUCAAACGCCUCUCCCGUCUCGCACUCUCCGCCCCCCCAGCCGGCGUCAUCAUCAUCCUCCCCUUCUUGUAUAAUCUGUUCAAGAGACAUCCGGGGUGUAUGGUCAUGCUCCAGCGCCAAUCUGGGAAGGUGGAGAAGAGCGAAGCAGACCCGUAUGAUGCGGAGGAGAAGAAUCCGUUGAAGACGAGGGCGAUAGAGUCGAGUUGCUGGGAACUGUCGACGCUGCAGAAACAUUAUCUCGCUUCCGUGUCGACUUUGGCAAAGGUGUUUGGGGAGGUGUUUACAAAGGCCGAGUAUGAUAUGGAAGAUUUCUUGGACCAUGGGUAUGGUACUUUGUUUGAAACAGAAAUCAAGCGUAAAAUCCGACACCCGCCGGCACUUUCUGUGGCGCUCGAGACUGGGGCCAAGAUCACCAUCUUCCCUGAUGGUGAGAAGAAGGAGGGUGAAGACGGUGGUGAAGGGGAGGAGGAUGUCGUGGCGGAGUUGUGGGCUUUCUAG